AUGCAUUAUCAUGGAUUACGCCGCUUUCUUCUUGAUAACGCCAUCAUUUAUGCCCUCCUAGCCUUCCUCUUAGACGGCGAAGAGUUUCUCAAGGCCAUCCAAGACCCGAAAGAGCCGCCGCUUAUCCCGCACCAUGGUCUCCCCUUCCUAGGGCAUGUGGUUGGCAUGUUCUGGUAUGGCGCGUCCUACUUUGCGCGUGUGAACGAGCGCACCCAAUAUCCCAUCUAUACUCUCCAAACUCUCAAUGCGCGGACCAUCGUAGUGAUAUCACCCCAGCUUGCAGCGCCCAUCCAGCGAGCAUCUAAAUCUCUCUCCUUCUACGGCAUGAUUCUAGAAGUCACAAAACGGCUCGUCGACUUUGAUGAACCGAGCAUGAAAAUCAUUAGGUACAAUUUAGAUGGCGAGCUUGGUCAUAGUGAAGGCCUGAUGAUUGAAGCUCAUGACAUGGUCAAUGCUGUACUAUCUCCCGGACCAAUCCUCAACCAAAUGUCUAGUACGCAGCUUGACAAGUUCUCCGAAGUUCUAAACGCAUUUGCAUCGGGUUCCAAUGCGAGCGAGAUAAAUCUCAUGGACUUCGUUAAACAAACCUUCACAAUCGCAAACGCAUUCACCGUCUAUGGUCCUCAAAACCCGUUCGCCAUACACCCGUCCCUGGUGCAAAAGUUCUGGGACUACGAAGCUGGCAUGAUCGGCGUCAUGGCCAACAUUCUCCCCUGGAUAACUGCGCGCAAGCCUUGGGCAGCGCGAAAAGCCGUGAACGCGGCACUCCAAGAAUUUGUUGAGAAAGAGCACUACAAAACGGCGUCGCCGUUAAUCCAAAAGCGCGUCGCCAUCAACCUCAAACACGGCCUCACCACUAAAAUGGCCGGCCACGCGGAGCUCAUUCUACUCUUUGGGAUUCUCGGAAACGCUGUACCAACUACAUUCUGGUUCCUCGUCAAUGUGUUCGCGCGCCCAGAUCUGCUUGCCCAAAUCCGCGCCGAGACGAUCCAAGCGGUAUCCACGUCCUCCGAUGGCAAUGAAAAAGUAGUUUCAGUAGCAAUGCUAAAAACCAAAUGCCCCCUUCUCGUUUCCACCUACCGCGAAACCCUCCGCACAAUUGCCAAUCUCUCCUCCGUCCGACUCGUAACCAACACCCACAACAUCACUGCCCCAGGCCACCCUCCAUGUCUUCUAAAAAAGGGCUCCAUGAUCCAAAUCGCCAGCGGCGUAAUCCACUCCGCCGAAAGCAUCUGGGGCGCGAAUGCAAAAUCUUUCGUGCCCAAUCGAUUCAUCUCAACGGCGUCGCAACUCCCCAAGAAUGUGCCGAGUGCUGCAUAUCGCGCUUUCGGCGGUGGAAGUGUGAUAUGUCCUGGACGGCAUUUCGCGCAGAGUGAGAUCUUGGGGUUUAUGACGUUGUGUGCGCAUAUGUUUGAGAUAGAGUCUGCGAAGGGCGGGGUGAUGGAGUUGCCGACGAGAGAUGAUGGACGGAUUCCUUUGAGUGUGAUGAAGCCAGUCAAAGAGCCAAUCGUCAAGAUUGUGAGGAGGAAGGGGGAGGAAGACGUGGUGUGGAGGCUAGAUCUGAAUUAA